CAUUCACAGUCAGUCAGUCGCCAUAUUUGAUUAGUAGUUGGUUGUUAAUAAAAAGUGCCGGAGGGAAUGACCGCAUAAAAGUGUGAAAUAAGGAUUAACUUUUCAUUUCAAACACUAUUUAAUAAUCACAAUGUCGGGUGGAAGUGGCGGUAACAGAAAUGAGUGCAGAAUUUAUGUCGGUAAUUUGCCCCCGGACAUCAGGACAAAGGACAUCCAAGACUUGUUUUACAAAUUUGGUAAAGUUACAUUCGUGGACUUAAAAAAUAGGAAGGGGCCUCCUUUUGCCUUCGUCGAAUUCGAGGAUCCCAGAGAUGCUGAUGACGCCGUCCGUGCCCGAGACGGGUAUGAUUACGACGGAUACAGACUCCGUGUGGAGUUCCCGCGGGGGGGCGGGGGCGGAGGCGCGCGGGGAGGGCGUGGCGGACCCGAGAGGUUCGGCAACCGGGCCGCGACACGAGGUCCACCCGCCAGGAGAUCUGAAUAUAGGGUUCUAGUGACUGGACUACCGCCCUCCGGCUCCUGGCAAGACCUGAAGGACCACAUGAGGGAGGCGGGAGACGUCUGCUUCGCAGAUACGUUCAAAGACGGCACUGGGGUAGUGGAGUUUUUGAGGCAUGAGGACAUGAAAUAUGCUGUUAAGAAACUGGAUGAUUCACGGUUUAGAAGUCAUGAGGGUGAAGUUUCCUAUAUUCGCGUGAAGGAAGAUUACGGUGGCGGUGGCGGCGGCGGCGGUGGCGAUAGCUCCCGGCGCUCGCGCUCGUACUCCCCGCGCCGCCGCGGCUCCCCGACCUACUCGCCCGUGCGCCGCUCCUACUCGCGCUCGCGCUCGCGCUCGCGCUCCGUCAACUACUGAACAAGCUGGCGGCGCGACGCGGCGGCGGCGGCGACUCUACGCUAAGAUCAUCAUGUUUAGGUUAAGAUGUAGCGAGGACUAGUGAUGGGCCCACGAUAAUAUUUCCAUAUCGAUUGUGUUUUUAUUGCAAACCAACGGCCAAAUGUCGUUUCGAUAAGUUAUGGCUUGUAACGUUAAUUUUAUAGAUAAUUAUGGAUCUGCAAUGAAAUUCAUUCGGAAAACUUUUCAUGAAUUUUGGAAGUCUUAUGAUGACCCAUUACUAGCGAGGACGCUCCGAGGAUUAAUUAUGUUUUUCAGACUAAAACGCGAUAAUGUUAGCAGAUAAUUACCAUUAUUACUAAAAAUAAAUUGUUAAAACGACAAAACUAUUAAAUCAAAAAUCACGAAAAAAGCUAAUGCUGCAAUAAAAAUCUUUCAGAAUAUUUAAUUUGUCAGCCCUAUUUGAGCAGUUUUACAGUUUCUUAAAUUGUGUGCGAUCUUAUCCCCCUUACCCAAACACAAUUUUAUAUGACUUCUCAUUUCUGUUGUAUAAGUUUGUCUCACUCAAAAAAGCGUUGGCAUUUUUCGCAUCAUAAUGAUCCCCGGAGCGGCCGACGUGCCCUCUAUAAUUAUAAUUGACGACAUGAAUAAUAUACCUUAUGAUUAAAAACGUUUUCUUUUGUUUCAUCCACUGUGGAUUGGAUCUCGUUGGAUGUGCUUGGCUGGAGGUGUGAGCAGGAAAUAGGAUCGCGUGUUAGAGUCGGAUCGGAUCGCUGUAGGACGCGCGCACUCAUGGAUCAUGGAUCUCGGAUUUUUGGAGAUGGAAAUCGGAUUUCGGAUCGUACCUAUGGAUUCUAUCUAGCAUGGACGGAGGACCGCCUCUCGCGUUUAAGGAAUUAAUCUUUUUUACUGGAUUUUCGGAGGACUUCCCGCAGGAUCACGGAUCUUUGGGUAUGAUUUUGAAAUUUUUGCAAAUAACUUAUGUUGAGUGCACGCUCGGUACAGAGUAAUGUUUGGAUCCUUAACUCACACUUGUUUUGCUUCUCGAUGUCUGUAGGACACGCGGUGGUCUGCGGGCGGGUCGUGGCUGGGGUUCGAGCGAUGUGUUCAGAGCAUGUUGAUGGUCUCGAUAAGGUGAUGUCACUGUGUACCCCAAACCUCGUAUGAAUUCGUUCAUUUGAAACCACAAUAAAUCAUUGACAUGUUACCUAUUUUUGUAAAAAAUCAAAUUCAAAGACGAGUUUCUAAAAUUACAAAACCUACACGGAAAGCAUCAUUCAUGCCAGAAGUAAUCUCGGAAUUGCGGACCUAUUUAUACGUCACACAAUCAUAGCCCUAAAUGAGAAUUGGGGUAUACAGUCACCCCAAGCGUGUUCGAUCAAAAAAAUCCAGAUGUGAUGUUAUAUAAAAUUUGCAAAUUAUUCCUUACCAGACUGCUGAACUGCAUCUAUCCAUUUAUUUGCUUUUAACCUCAAUUAUUUAGUUUACGAUAAAUGAAUUUAGAUAAAAUUUCAAAUGCCCUGAACAUGUCCGCAAACAACUUCGAUUUCCUCCGCCCCUGGUCUCCGCGAAGAAGUUAGCUUCUGCUCAUCAUUAGAUACCUAACAUAAAAAAAUAAUGUCAUAAUAUAGCAUGCUUUUAUGAGCUUUUGAUACGCGACACGAAGAAGUAAGAGUGAGUGAAUGGAAGUUUAUUUGCCGUGUCCAUGAAUUUGAUGUGAACGAGUAAUUCGAAGUAGACUCAAAUUGAUUCACAAAUGUUGUAUGCCAAAUGUAUGUCAUAGUUUUAAUGGAAAUGUAAUUAGGUAGGCACUGGAUUUGCAUUCCAAAGACCAACACAGUUUGAUGGACUAAUAAAUUCACUGAAAUAAAAA